AAGAUGGCAGCACACAUAACAUCAUAAACGUUUACGUUGCAAACUUAUUACCGACGUUGGUCAGGAAAAUUAAAAAGUGCCCGAGUAUUUGCGCACGUGGGCUGUCAGCUGUUACGUAUGUCUUACGACAGGUGAUUUUAUUUUUGCGCCUUCUACGAAAUAUGCGAUGCAUAUAUUUUGUGGAGAGGAGUGUAGAAAAGUAUAAAAAUACUCAUCGGAGCAAUGGAAGACGUCAUAAUACGUCCAGUGUGUAUCUAAAAAUACUCUUCAAUCACUCUCGUGUGCUAAUAGUCGUAUUUGUCUACGGUAGAGAAAGUAGUAGAUAAAGGAAGGUAUGGUUGGUGUUGAAUUAUUAAGCCCGUAAACUGUAAUUUUAACAUACAGUACUAAAAUAUCAAGACAAUGAAAACCAAAACCAAACGAGUGUUAGCAGUGCGAAAAGGAUCAGUCUUAUUAACUGAAAGACCAUUUGUUUAUGUGCUCAAAUCUAAACUGAGGGAAGAACGAUGUGACAAUUGUUUCAAAAGAAAUAGACUGCUUAAGUGUUCAGGUUGUCAGUAUGUAUACUACUGUAAUCGAGAUUGUCAAAGAGAGUCCUGGGCUGACCAUAAACAGGAAUGCAACAAUUUAAGAAGAGUUUCACCUAGGAUUGUUCCAGAUGCUGCUCGACUUUUGUCAAGAAUUAUAUUUAAGUUGCAGAGAGGCGGUGACUUAGAGAAAGGUUAUUAUUCUGAAACAAACUUCAGAAGAUUCAAAGAUCUGAUGUCACAUUAUUCAGAUUUGAAGCAGGACCAAAAAAGGAUGGAACAUUUCACUUCGCUGUGUGGAGUUUUGAUUGAUUUUGUUGGGGAGAGUAAUUUACCAAACUCAGCAGAACUGAUGGGAAUUUAUGGCAGGAUGUGUGUGAAUGGUUUUAAUAUCCUGGAUCCUGAAAUGCUGAGUAUUGGCACCGGUAUCUACCUGGCUUGCUCUGUCAUAGACCACUCUUGUGAUCCGAAUGCAGUCGCUGUAUUUGACGGGAUUACAAUUCACAUUCGUGCUGUGAAGGAUAUGCCAGUAUUGGAUUGGAAGAAGGUCUUUAUAAGUUACAUUGACUUGCUGAAUUUCCCGAAAGAUCGACAGGCAGAACUUCAGGCAACUUAUUAUUUCCUUUGUGACUGUAAACCGUGCACCAGCAUCCAGCCGCUGAAUGUAAUUUUGUGUCCAAAUGAGAACUGUGGACGAGAGAUUCCAGUGAAAAAACAGGAUGCCGAAGAAUUACCACAGCCAUGUCCUUCCUGUGGAGACCAUAUAAAAGCUGACACAUACAGGGAUUAUCUUGAAGUGGAAGAGUUCACAAGGCAUCAGUUAGAAAUUAUGAAAGACAUUGCGUAUCUUGAUGUGUGCAAAGUUUGCUUGAAGAAGCAGCGAGGUUUGUUUCAUUCACUAGACAUUCUGCAUGUGAAAGUGCUGGACCUUGCAUUUGAAAGUAGCAUUCAGAUAGGACAGUGGGAGCAGGCAGUCGAAUUUGGACAAGAACUUAUCGCAGGAUAUGAGAAAUACUAUGGAGAGUAUCACCCGCUACUUGGAAUUCAUUACUUGAAACUUGGAAAGAUCAACUUGUAUCUAAAAAAAUUUAAUGAAGCGCUGAACACAUUAAAAAAUGCAGAAAUUGUGAUACGUGUCACGCACGGUGAUCGGCACGCAUUGUACCGAGAUCAGCUCUUGCCCCUGGUGCGUCAGACGGAAGCUGAAUUGGGCGAAGUGUGAUGAUAUUUUUGAACACUCAGCAUAUUAAUUUUUUGCAUGUAGAAAGAUUCUGUUAAAUACUAGUUGUUGGAACGAAUCUGAAAGCUUGUCAGAUUCAGUCUCCUUAUUGUAUGCCCAUCCUAUUGUUUCUCAUGUGUUUCGACUAUUUAUCCAUCCUUAGGGAAUCUCAAUUUCACAUUGCACGAUAUAAAUUAUUAAAUUUUAUUUAAUUACAUAUUUGUAAGCUUAUAAGUAGUCUUGUAAUACUUUUGUUCAAAAUUCAUAAUUAUAAAUGUGGAUUUUAACAGGUAAAAGUUAAAAUAAUAAAUUCAAUUUAAUAGGCCUUAUCAUAAUAUGAGAUUCUCUGAAGACGGCUGGGUAAAGUCGAGACGAAGGGAACGUUAUUAUAUAUUUUGUUGUUAGAGCCAUUACCUGCAUAAAGAGUGAAUAAACGAAGCCAGGAACUCUGGAUUCUGCAUAACGAUAA